UCUUGUUGAGUUUUGACGUGAGACGAUAUGAACGGAAAAAUAAGCCUUCUCCUUCUUUUUCUCGUCUUCCUUACAUCGACACCAGGUGUGUGCCCACUGAGUUUCCAGGAAGUAAAUGUCGAGGCAGGUGAGAUGGCGGUACUGCAGUGCCCUUCUUACAGAGAGUACCGUGAUGGAGAUGCUGAGGUGUUCUGGACCAGUCACACCGUGGAUGAAAUGAAACUCUUCAACAUGUCAACAUCAGCUGAGCAGAGGCAGAUGGGUGUGCUGGUUCAUGGAGGAAUCCUUGUUAUUCUCAGAGCUUCAGUAAACCAUCAGGGGAAUUACUCCUGCUCUUUUCGGAAUUCCAGCAGACGGUCCUGGAUAAGCCUCAAAGUAUACACAGGGCAGUCCAGAGACUCUGAACAAAUGAACCAGAUCUCUAAAGUAUGUUACACAGAGGAGUACUGCCAGUUGUAUUGCCCUGAAAAAAAUGUUCGCUUUAACACCCUGAAUAUCACCAGAAGCGGCAUCACAUGGCACAAGGAGGGCGGGCCAUCACCAAAAGACGGUUACUUCCCAAGUGUGAAAAAAGAGGACAGUGGCAACUAUACCUGCACCCGCUCUUACCUGUAUGAUGGUCAAAUAUAUAACAUGACCUCUACGGUGAAACUUGAUGUCCAACCAAACAAAAUAACUAAGAAAGCAGUGAUAAUUUUACCAGAGAACAAGCAGGUAUUUGAGGUAGAUUUAGGUUCAAGAGUGAUGAUUGAUUGUAAAGCAGUUAUGAUGUCAGACACUGAUGGCUUGUUUUGGUUAAGUGGAAAUUCAUUUGUGGAUACAGACACUAGUCUACCAGUUUUCUAUAAUGAUACACGGGUCAUCAGCACAGAGGAAAUCAGCAUGACAAUAUCUCUAAUCUUCAGAAAAGUGUCAGAGGAGGAUCUGUCAAAAAACUAUACCUGUAAACUGCAAUCUGCCUACCAAACAAGCUUUGUCACUAUCACUCUAAAACAAAAAGCUGCUCCUUCCUCUUACUUUGUGGCUUUAUGGAUUGUGGGCUUUGUGCUGAUGGUGAUGGUACUAACAGCAAUUAUUUAUGCAAAGUUUAAAGUCGACAUCAUGCUUUUCCUUCGUCGAAUUCUUGGCUGCCAUCGAACCAUCCCAGGCAAUGGAAAAAGCUACAACGCCUGCUUGAUGUAUUACAAGAGUAGCACAGAUCCAGGACUAAAUGAAGAUGACAGAAAAAGGCUGGAGAGUGAAAUGAAGUACAGAUUUGGUUAUAGUCUCUGUCGCUACAGUCCUGAUGUUGUACCAGAGAGAGGAGAGGCUGUGUUAGACUGCAUAAAGCAGAGUCAGACAGUGGUUCUGGUCCCCUGCUCAGAAGAUUCUGGUUCAGGAGUCGACCUGCUGAACAGUAUCCAAGCAUCCCUCAUGAAGUUGCAGACUCACGUGGUUUUGAUUAAAACUGAGACAGGAGUCUUGAGCACAAGUUCAUCUUCAGAGGCCUUAAAACUCUGCAAAGCUGCAGACUGUGUCACCUGGAAGGGAAAAAGCUCGAUGCUGCCCUCUUCUGACUUCUGGAAGCUGCUACGUUAUUACCUACCUGCCCCGCAGAGAGCACCCAGAGCUUUUAUAUGACUGUACAGUAUUUAGGAUGUAAGACUGUAUUUCCUCCACUGAACACACACAUGUAAAGGAAGCUCUUAAAACAUGUGGUUAUCCUAUUUGGUCUUUCAUCAAGUCAGCAAAGAGGCACAGAGAAGACGAUCAGACAGAAACUAGGGAGGAUCAGAAAGACAAACACAACAAUAUUGUCAUCCCCUAUGUAGCAUCUUUAUCAGAAAAACACAGGAGAGUCUUCUCCGAGCACAACAUCCCAGUGUACUUCAGACCCAGCCACACAAAAACUGGUUCAUCCCAAAGACAGAACUCCAAAACACAAACU